AUGCAGGGACCCGGCUCAAAAGAUGCCGAGGAGGGGCCCUUUCUUACGAGACCUCCAGCAGCUGCUGAGGACGCUAAGGCAGUCCCUGACUCAGGAAAGCGUCACUCACAGUCGACCGUUGGAACCUUGGAUUUGGCAACUGAUCACGACAUUGGCGAUACGCACGCACCGAGUACCUCUGCGGAUGCAGCUGCGCGGCCCCACCAUAGUGAAACCUCCCCGAACACGAUCGCUCAUGCAGUUCCACCUUUGGCGAACGUACGGCCCUCGCCUGCUACGACUGAGGCACCCGCGACUGUAGCGAAUCCUCCGAAGGACAGCGUGCCUCCAGCUCCAGCGACGGGGGCUGAAUUCGAUGUCAAGCGCCCUAGCGGACAGGAAGGGGUUCCUCCACCUCCCCCCCACGGAGACAAGGCGCCUCCGCAUGCCACAGGACCGGAGUUUGAUGUCUCUGAUGAUUCACCCUCAGCACCGGUGACGAGGACUGAACGGCAGGGAGCUCGUGACGAAUCCAACUUACUACAAGAAGAACCUCCGACGCCUCCCCCAACACCUGCUCCCGGUGCAGCCGCGAUUGAUUCCGGCAUAGGUGUUGCAGAGAUGGGGCGACCUUCGCCAACCCUUGCGGCUGCGUUUGACGAUGGGCCGUCUUCUGAGGCACCCGUUUCAAGAGAGGGCUACAACACUGCAGUGACGGAUACAGCGGAUGGCGACUUGCCCUCUCCGAACAACUGA